CCAAGACGAAACGAGUUGCCAGGUGUGUUCAUAUGACCUCUAGGUCAAUCAUGACGUCAUCAUUUAAGACCCCCUGCGAAUCGUGUCCUAAUUGAUUUUUGUACGAAGUUUUUAAGUUUUUCAAUAUAGUUUUAAAACUUUUAAAAAGUGAACGAACCCCUUUAAACUGUGUACUUGAAUCAAUUAAAUACAUGCGCAUGGAAUCAUUCUACUUAGACAUAUUCAACAAAACAAGGUAAACAAGUACUAUAUUCUAGCGUAGUAAUAUAUCACACCUGGAAAGUACGUAGUUUGGCUAAGUACAUCUAACACCAAGAAGAAGUUGAGGAAAGUUUUCGUAUGAGUGAAAAAGUACUACAAAUCUCAGGUAACCUUUCGAAUCAAGGAAAAACAACAUGAUAUUAUCGUCAAUGGAUUACUAACGCUCAUUAUAGCUGGAAUUUACGUGGAAUAGCGAGAGGGAAAGUGUGAUAAUAUGGAUCUUCAAAAUCAUCGUGAAGUGCGAGAGGAAGUGGACUCAAAACAGGGAAUGGAAGAAUUAUUUCGUGUUCUCAACCAUCCCCAAAAAGCUCAAACUUUACCAUACAAACAACGUAACCUACCAGAGUCAUUUUUUAAUCCUCAACAUGGACGUAACUCGGCGAGUCACAGUCGAGAAGGGAGCACUGACUCCACAAACUAUCAUUCAAACGCUGUCAAUAGUUUACCUAUCGUACCCGUACAUACUCGGAGUGUCAGCUCUCCUGCUGCUUUUCAACAAACCCCUCUCGCUACCCCCAAACCCCAGACUCAACACUUCCGGCAACACAGCGUAGACACCACCCUCGAUGGUGAGGCGCAUUUGCCCCCCGGCUGGACUUCAGCCAUAGCACAGAACGGCCAAAAAUACUUUAUAAAUCACGCAGAUCAAGUAACAACUUGGGAUGACCCAAGGAAGAUUUUACCAAGUAGCUCCCCAGCAGCAGCUCCUGCCCCCCAGCAGGCAACCCCCAACAGCAGCAGUACCCUAGGACCACUUCCUCCAGGAUGGGAGCAGAGUGUAACACCUGAUGGCCACGUUUAUUUCAUAAAUCAUAUUUCGAAAAAUACAAGCUGGUUUGACCCUCGGCUUACUCAAAGUCAACAAAGAAGUAAUAUCAGAACACAACUCUUAACUGGCAGUGUGCCAUUAUAUCAACAACAGCAGCCACAACAGCAACAGCCACAACAGCAACAGCAAACCCCUUCACCACAACAACCACAUAUCAGGCAGCAAUUACAACAGUCCCCACAGGGAUCUACUGAUUAUAUGAAACAGCUGAAGAUGGUCCAGUUAGAGAGGGAACGUUUACGUGCCAAGGAGGAGGCCCUUAAUAAGAGGGUGCGUGAGAUGGCACUCCUACAGGGAAUCACUGUGACAACAGACAACCUGACAAUCUCCAGCACACCCUCUGCUGAGCCUGAUCUACAGUCAGUAAACACAACAGGAAUUGAUCCAUUUCUUGGACAGGGGGGCAACACACAUAAUAGAGAAAAUAGUGCCGACUCUGGCCUAGGGGGGAUGGGGACAACAUAUUCUCUCCCUAGAACACCAGAUGACUUUCUAAGCAAUGUUGAUGAGAUGGAUGCCACUGAUGGUCAGAAAUUACAACAUAACAGUGAGUUUAACCUGGACACAAUGCAGGGAACAUUGGAUAUGAAUGCAAGCAACACAGAGACAAACAUGGACUCAGAUGACCUUGUACCUAGCUUACAGGAGGACAUAAGCUCAGAGCUAUUGCAGGAUGUUGAUCUGAACCCCAACAAGAUGGACAUUCUUACCUGGUUGUAA